UGUCUCUGCCUCGUUAGCCCUGAUGCCGCUCACCUGUGUUGCUCCCGCCCCGCUCGUUAGUCCCUGUGUAUAUGUAUGCCUGCUUGUCUCUCCAGUUUUUAUCACGUCCUUGUGUCUAAAGUUGAGUGUUCUUGCCUGUUCCUUUGUCUUCCUUGUUCUGGAUUAUUCCCUGUGUUUUGGAUUGCCUUGUGUUCUGGAGUACCUUUGUUGGACUUUGCCUCGAGCUCCUUGUAAGCCUGUUUAAUUUAGUUUUUUGAAUUAAUAAACUUUUUUGAACUCCAACCUCCUCACCUUGCCAUUGUCUGCAUUUGGGUCCUCACCCCAGUCUGCACUCAGCGCCCCAAUCCAUGACCGAGACCAGGAGAAGAGGACACCGGGAAGAUGGGUUACGGAAACAUCAUGAGUGUUGAAACUACUGGUGCUUCGGCACAAACAGCUCAGCAGGACAAGCUGGGAUACUCAGGUCAGAGGGCAUCACAAACCAUGGCAAAGACUGACGCGGGCAGAAUGCAAAAGUACAAGUCCAAAAUAAACAAUGUGGGAGCUAAAUAUGGAAUUGAACCAGCUCUCAUUGCUGCCAUCAUCUCCAGGGAGUCCAGGGCCGGAAAUGUACUACACAAUGGCUGGGGAGACUAUGACGAAAAGAGAGGAGCGUAUAACGCCUGGGGACUGAUGCAGGUUGAUGUGAAUCCAAACGGAGGUAGACACACUGCACUGGGUGCAUGGGACAGUGAGGAACACCUCUGCCAAGGCACCGAGAUCUUGGUUUAUUUCAUCAAUAGGAUCUGCAACAAAUUUCCUGGCUGGAGCCUGGAGCAGCAGCUGAAGGGAGGAAUAGCAGCCUACAAUAUGGGGGACGGAAACGUCCAUUCCUAUGAAAACGUGGAUUCCCACACAACGGGUAAAGACUACUCCAAUGAUGUUGUUGCCAGAGCUCAGUGGUACAAAAUCAAUGGCUUUUAACAGCUCAAAAUGACCACAUAAAAAAAAUAUUCAAGGACACACUCUGUGUCAAAACUUAAGAUAAAUAAACAUCACGCAAAAACACUAAUGGAUAUCUCAGUUUCAUUGUAUUUAGUGUGAACUCUUGCUGUGAUGACUUGAAGUAAUAUUCACUCUAGCCUUGUGUACUGCUGUUGAGGCAUCUCCUGGAUAUAGAUCAUUUACUUCAUACUGAUUCUGUACUCUAUUAAUUCAAAGUGAGAUGUAAUAAAAUCGUGAGGUGUCACCA